AUGUUAGUUGAUAUGAUGAAUAAAGAUGUUAUCUACAAUAUGAUAUAUGAAUUAUUCAGAAAACAAAGAGAAAAUUAUGUAACUUAUAAAUAUUUAAAUUAGAGUGAUUUGAUGAUUGAGGAAAUGAAACAUUUCAACUCUAAAGAUUGA